CAACGGCGGAUCUUGAAAGGUCGUUAGCGCCACCUCCACGUCGCCACCAUGUCGUUCCGAGAGCUGCGCAACUUUACUGAAAUGAUGCGGGCGCUGGGGUACCCGCGCCCGGUGUCUGUCGAGAACUUCCGCAGGCCAAACUUUGAGCUCGUGUCGGACUUGCUGUAUUGGAUGGCGAAAAAGUACGAUCCGAGUUCGAGUGUGACGGAGGAGAUCGACACGGAGGAAGACCGGAUUGUGUUCCUGACGUCUGUCACGUCCGAGUUCCAUUCGAAGGCACGGAUCAAACUGAACGCCAAGAAAUUGUACGCUGCCGACGGGUUUGCUGUCAAGGAGCUGAUUAAGGUCGCGCGGGUGCUGUAUGAAGCCUCUCGCAUCGACCCCUCUACGGUCGACGAUGACGACGACGUCUCGACCAAGACCCUCCUCGGGUCGAAACUCAAAGACGCCAAGGCGACGCGAGCCCUGUCGGCCGAAAUCACCGAGUGCGGCGCCAAGCUGUACGACUUGUUGGACAACGAACUGGAAGUGCGAGAAGCUCGUGUCCAGGCGAUUCGAUUCCUCGAUACCGUGACGUCCAACUUGGAGUCGACGUACGAGCACAAGUACUUGGAAAAGUCGAUCAAAGGCAUCAUUGUGUCUGUACAAGAGAACGUCGAGAGCAUGGAGCGGCAAUGUUCAGAACUCGACGCGGAGGAGAAAGCGCUGGGUGCCAAGAUCAAAAAAGCCCAAGGGGACCUCGAACGCAGCGAGAAGCGACUCAAGAGCCUCCAGAACGUCCGACCGGCGUUCAUGGAGGAGUACGAGAAGCUCGAGAAAGAACUCGAGCGCCAAUACGCCAUCUACUGCGAGCGAUUUCGCAAUUUGGACUACCUCCAACACGAACUCGACUUGCACAAUGACCGCGAGCUCAAGAAACUCCAAGAAAACGACCGCACACUCAAGAAGAUGCAAAAGAAAUUUCGCGACGACGAGCUCGCCAUCCUGCGCGGCGAACAGGAUGAAACGGACAUCCCGGUGCCCGAGGACAAAGAGUCCAAGGCGAGCGUAUCGAAAACGAAAAAAACCAACGACAUGUCGCGAAAAAGCAAGGCGGCUGCCAACUCGUCCGAAAGCGAGAGCGAAGACGACGACGACGAUGAUGACGACGGCGGACAGCCCAGCAGCGGCGGGCGCACCCCACUUCAGACUCAAAACAAAUCGGACCAGGCAAAGAAGCCCAAAAAAAACACUGCGAUUGACUCGGACAACGACAGCGACGAAGUGUCCGUGGCCGACUCGGGCGAACUCAUCGACAACGACGACGAUUCAGCCACGGGUAGCGAAGUCGAGUCGAGUGGCAAGUCGGCAUCGGGUGGGUCCGAAUCCGGGUCGGAAUCGGACCGGGACUUCUAA